GCUGCCGCUCGCCAUAUUGUGCCGCUGGAGCUGCGGCUCACCGCUGGCGAGAGAGGGCGGUGGGAGCGAGUUGUGUAGGGCGACGUCGGCGGCCUGAGGCGGGAGCCCGGCGGGCGCUUGGUGCCUUUGGCGUUGCUGCACAGCUGCGGGGAGCUUCUGAAGCCCUGAGGUAUCCCUGGGGACCAGCGUGCUGCGGGAAUAUAGAUAAAUGUGUGUGCACACAUACUCUGGAAGCUACACGGAGAGCCAUGUCUCAAGCCGUGCAGACGAAUGGGACGCAACCUUUAAGCAAGACGUGGGAGCUCAGUUUGUAUGAAUUGCAAAGAACACCUCAGGAAGCAAUCACUGAUGGCUUGGAAAUAGUUGUGUCACCCAGGAGCCUGCACAGUGAACUGAUGUGUCCCAUUUGCUUGGAUAUGUUAAAAAACACCAUGACAACAAAAGAAUGUUUGCAUCGCUUCUGUGCUGACUGUAUCAUUACAGCCCUCAGGAGUGGCAACAAAGAAUGUCCCACAUGUCGUAAAAAGCUAGUUUCAAAGAGGUCAUUGAGACCAGAUCCCAAUUUUGAUGCUCUCAUCAGUAAAAUUUAUCCAAGCCGAGAUGAAUAUGAAGCUCAUCAGGAGAGAGUGCUAGCAAGAAUCAGCAAGCACAAUAACCAGCAAGCUUUAAGUCACAGCAUUGAGGAAGGAUUAAAGAUUCAAGCUAUGAACAGGUUGCAGAGGGGCAAGAAACAACAGAUUGAGAAUGGUAGUGGUGCAGAAGAUAACGGUGACAGUUCACACUGUAGCAAUGCCUCAACACACAGCAAUCAGGAAGCUGGGCCUAGUAAUAAGAGAACCAAAACAUCGGAUGAUUCUGGGCUAGAACUGGACAAUAACAACACAAGUGUGGCAAUAGACCCUGUAAUGGAUGGUGCUAGUGAAAUUGAAUUAGUCUUCAGGCCUCAUCCGACCCUCAUGGAGAAUGAUGACAGUGCACAGACAAGAUACAUCAAGACCUCAGGCAAUGCCACUGUUGAUCACUUGUCCAAGUACCUAGCAGUAAGAUUGGCUUUGGAGGAGCUUCGUAGCAAAGGAGAAUCAAACCAGAUGAACCUUGACACAGCCAGUGAGAAGCAGUAUACUAUUUACAUUGCUACUGCCAAUGGGCAGUUCACUGUAUUAAAUGGGUCCUUUUCCUUGGAACUGGUCAGUGAGAAGUACUGGAAAGUGAACAAACCCAUGGAACUGUACUAUGCACCAACAAAGGAACAUAAAUAAGCUGUGCUGGAAAACUGAGAUGGGACUAACUCUUUUUAUAGCUAUGACUUCUUUAAUAUUAAAAGAAAGCACCACCAUUACAUUCAUGGACAAUACACAUGAUGCCUUCAGGCUCUCAGUAUACUUAUUAAUAUGAUUAGACAGUAUUCUGGGUUGUAUUUAAUUUAGUCUUUGUUUUGGGCUUUUGUUUUUUCCCUAGGAGACUAAAUGACCUUCUCCAGUGCAUUCCAGUGUUUGACAUGCUUUUUUGUUCCUAAUGCAUGAUAACUGAAUGAGUGUUCCAGUUUGGAAUGUCUUAUUUUGUCCAGGUAAAUCUGGAUUUCUAAUACAUUUGACACAGUUAUAGUAGCCUCUGUGAAGUACUGAGCAUUGGAUGGCUAAGUAAGUCUAUUCAAUAGUAACAUAUACAAAGGAAUGUGUUAAAUGUUGUACUUUGCUAAUGGUUAUCCAUAUAAAAGAUUGGUAAAGGAUUUCUGAUAGUCUUCCAGCUAGAAGUAAUCCAAUUAAUCAUUUUCUUGUGAACAGAGAUGUAGUGAGAAAACCGACACUUUAAAACCUUGCUGUUUACUGGGCCUAAUACUUCAGUGCAAGGUGAUUCAUGAGAUUGAAAUAUCCACUAAAAAGCAAGCCAAUCAAAAAAAAAAAACCCUAAACAAGCCAAACCCGUAACUUUCCCAUGUAGAACAUGCCAAUCUUGAUGGACACUGCAGCUUCCCACGUGAUCUAUGUUGUAGUGUCCUCACAAGCCUAAUUGAAGAAAAUCUGGAAGUUUUACAGCCCUACUAUGUUCCCUGUAAUAACAGAUUUUUAUUGUGAAGGUAUUAGAAUGUUCUGAAAAGUCUGGGUUUUUUUAAAAGCAAAUGCCCCAAAUUCCAGCACAUGGACAUAAUGCAACAUCAAAAUGCUUUGCUUUAUGGAAUUUGUGCCACCCCACCACCCCAGCUGGGAGCUUAUCCUGCCUUCAGUUUUGAGCAGGGAGGACAUAAGCUGCUUGAGGUUUGUUUUCUUUUACUUUUUUUACCAUAGCUUAACAAAUGUGGUUUAGCACUUUGGAAGACAAUUUUAGUACUUGACAAAGUUUACCAUUUAAGUGUCUUAAAUUUAGGUUCAAGUUUUAAAACUUGGCAGUAGGCUGUUGCGUGAAGUCCAGUAUCUACUGUUCGUUAGCAUGUUAAAUUCCUCUUACCUCCCUCUGGACCUUGCUGCCACUUAAUUGGGGUCACUUUAAUCAUUAGCAUUCCAUUUUAAGGGAAAAUAUGUUACUGUGAAUUUCCUUUGCUCUAAGACUUGCUGAUGAAUCUUGCACCCGUUUGCACCUGAAGCUAGAAGCAAGAAAAAUUGCUACGAUAGGCAAGAAGUAAUGUAUUUUAAACCAUAUGGUAUUGCUCCUUCUUCUUGCCUGUAAUUAAGACCAGUUUUGGCAUGUGGUAUGUAAAGAAGGAAGUACCCUUCCAUGGCUUGUGUCUUUCAAGCCUAGCACUUGUAAAUAUGCAUCCAUUCUGACUGCUGCUUCAUAUCAGCUGUAUCCCAAUGUGAAAACUGCACAUACUCCUUUGAGUAACUUUUUUUUUCUUACUGGAAAGACUUUUUUUUUUUUUUGUGUGUGACAGGAAAUAGAAGUUUUCAGGCCCCAGCAGAGGGGGCAGUUUUUAAGGAACUACAUUGUUCAUGAAUUUCUGGUGAAAUGUUGCAUUGUGUAGACUAGUAGUGCAUGUCCGCUAAAUAUAAUCUGGAGGGGUGGGAGCAGUCAUUAUAAAUGCUUUAAAAUAUAUGGGGAAUCUUCUAGAUUAGUUGCAGCAUACCUUCCCAUUGUGAUAGCUAAGGUAAUGUUCAGUCCCUUAAGAAAGAGAGAUGUUUGUGAAACUAAGCAGUCUGUCUAGGAGGUGUCUGUCACUUUGUCCCCAGUUCUUUAAAAAGUGUGGGAGAAUGUGAAGCUUUUAUUUUCAUGUUGUAGUGAAUUUAUUGAAUAUUUAUGUUCUUUAAAUAUUAUAUAUAUAUAAUGUAGUUGUUUGAUUAAACCAUUGAUUGCACUGUG